AUGGAGGAAGAAGCCAUAAGGGUUUUGGGUUGGAAAGUAGGGAGAGAUUUCACAACCCUAUGUGCAACAAUGUUUCCUGUAUUGGCUUCUCUCAUCAUGGUGGUUUUGUUCCUGCGGACCAUUUGGUCUGAAUCUGAAGCUGCAGAGAAGGCAAGCAUAAACAGUGGGUAUAAUAAUUGGGGAUUCUGUAUUGGAGUCUUAACCCUAGUACUUGGUUUCUUGUUUUUGGCUGCUGGGCUUCCUUUACUCGCAGACUUGGUUAUGAAAUUGUCGGGGCAAUUGCAGAACCAUGAGGAGAGCAGAAAACAUCAAGGAGGGAAGUUGAAGACAAUAUGUAUCAUCAGCCGCCUAGCUAUAAGCAUCAUUGCAAUGUUCAUGCUAGCAUGGGCCAUUAACACCGGAAUUAGGCUUGCAACUGAACCUAGAAGAGAAGGGAAAUAUUAUCCUCUAGCAUCCCCAGUUGGUGUUGUUACUAUUAUGUUUGGCUUCACUUAUUCUAUCAUUGGACUCUGUGUAAUUGCCGAGCUAGCACUAGAAUUGAUAAAGCAGUUGCAAAGUACAGAGAAAGAAGAAUUAGUUAAUCAUCAAGUUGGCAAAAUAGAUGUCAAAUUUUUUGUUUGA